AUGCAUAAAGAAUGUGUUGUAUAUUUGUGUGAAGAACUCAAUGAAGCUUUAAAGCCUAUUAAUGCUGUGGAUGGGCUACCAGUGCAUAUAAAAGUACUCACAUCUAUCAGACUCUUGGCAGACGGUAGUUACCAGAGAGGUAUGGGUCAAGACCAUGGAAUGGCUGUUGCUCAAACAACAGUUAGCAAAUACCUGGCUCAAGUUACUGGAGCUAUCGUUAGAAUACUAAUGUCAAAAUGGAUAUCGUUUCCGGGAGUAGAACAAGCAAGGAAAAAUGUAGCCACAGGAUUCCUUGCGAAGCAUGAUUUACCAGAUAUUCUUGGAGCUAUUGACUGCACCCAUGUUGAUAUAUUUCCCCCACCAUUCCCGACUGGGGUUCAGUACAAAAACAGAAAAGGGCGGACUACAAUAAAUGUUCAACUGGUUGUGGAUGUUGAGUGCCGCAUCAUUAACAUCAAUGCACGUUAUCCAGGGCGAGUCCACGAUCAGUUUAUAUUUAACAACUCAAAAGUUAAAUUGGAAAUGAAACGUCUGUAUGAAAGUAGAAUUGGUCAAUACUAUCUUUUAGGGGACUCGGGCUAUGCCUUAGAGCCUUGGCUGAUGACUCCAGAUUUGGAAGCUGCACCAAAUAGUUCAGCAGAAAAAUAUAACAAAUGGCAUUGCCAAGUGAGAAACUGUAGUGGAAAGAACAAAUGGGUAUCUCAAAGGCACAUUCCGGAGCCUAGGCAUUGA